UUGGAAUCGUGUCAGGCUUAUUUUAGUUACCUUUAUAUUUAUUAAAAUGUUAACAUUAAUAUCAGUGUUAAUCCCCGUGUUUCUAGUGAUAUUCUUCAGAUAUGUUAAUAAAAGAAAUGAACCAGCUAUUUUUGGAGUGUAUAAGCAACAAAAUAAAUCAUAUUAUUUUAAGUUUGCUUUCAUGUACACUAUUUUGAAAUUGCGGCAGCUGGUUAAUCAUUGCAAGCAUUUACUGGACGUUGAAUUUGGACGCAGUUCGGAUGGCACAGUACAUAUUCAACGAAAGGAGACUGACUUGGAACAGAAAUAUUUUCUAGGAGACAGCCCAACGUCUGUUGAUGCUGUGUACUUCAAUGGAAUAUCGAAGAAAGGUGACGCAGUCAUAUGUGGUUUGGCUAGAAGACCUAACCAAGUUUGCGAUGCUUUUCUAAUGAUAAAGGUUGAUGAUGAAGAAAUGCUGCUAUCUCCCUGUCUUCCAGACACUUAUCAAGAACAAAGUGGAUUGGAAAUUGGAGACUACAUAGUACAGGGGCUGACGAUUCAGAAGAUGAUACCCAUGCGGGCAUGGAAUGUCUCAUACAGCGGUGAAAUGAAACUUCGUAGUGAUCACGAGAAAAAGGUCAAGGUACAAAUGGACCUAACGUGGAGUUCCAUAUGGGGCUCCUUUAACUAUGACACGCAGAUGUCCGCGCGCAGCAUGGCCAAUGACAUCGCGCGUGAGGAGUGGUCCGGCGGAUACUUUGAGCUGUUAAAAAGAUUUCAUCAAACCCACUACGAGCAAAUGGGCUUCUUCAAAGGCACAAUAACCAUUGAUGACAGAGUACACACAAUUAACAUGCCGUGUGUGCGCGAUCAUAGUUUCGGACCGUUUCGCGAUUGGCGCACGUUCCAUCGUUAUGUAUAUCAUUUUAUUUUCCUUGAGAAUGGUGAUUGUAUGGCUAUAGGCGCGGUAUCGCAACCAGCAAUAUUGUCACACCUCACAAUCGGAUACUUCUGCCGGCACUCGGAUCAAACGGUGCAUCCGAUAGAUUCCUGUGACUUCCACCUUUACCAACACGGAGAGCAACAAGUACUCCCCAAAGACUACGGAUUCGUUUUUAAAACAGAUGGUCAACUACAUUCGGUCCGAGUUCUGGUGAAUGACGAGGAGACUUUUUAUAUCGGUAAAGACAGAGUGGCGAAGUUCUACGAACGUUGGUGCGACGUUGAAGUGAACGGCGUCAAAGGAUGCGCCUGCGUCGAGUGGCAGUACAACAACUUACAACCGCCCAAGCAUGUCUAAUAGGCGAAAAUGUAUCACUGUUUAACCGCGAAUCAAAGAGGCGAAUAUCACUGUUCAAAAUUUUCCGAAACUAAAGUCGUUAAACUACCUUGCAUGAUAAAGUUGUGUAUAUUGUGUAUUUAUUUUAUAGGGUAAUUAAUGAAAAAGGUUAGAAUUGAUAAAAAAAAACAAAAGUGCUAGCGAGAAAAAACUAUAAUUAGCGUAACAUUGCACUAAGUUUACACUUAUGUUUAAAUAUGAAACAGCAAAUAUAAGAAAUCACAUUGUUGAAAGAAAUUCAAUUGAAGCUAAUGAAUGACCAUGAAGCGAAAUUAUUCGAUUUAAUUUGAAUCAAUUUGUAAAAUUAAUUAUGUGUAAGUAAGCUAUUACAUUUUCGUAAUGCAUG